GAGGUAGGCAUUUUAUGCAUCGGACAGCAUGAGAGGGUCCGCAGCCUUCCCAGGCCGCCUGGCCAUCUCAGCCCAGAUGCAGAGCUGAUGUUCUGCCCCUCUUGUGUCUGCUUUUCAAGGAUGUGACUCUAGGACCCAGAGGCAGCGACAGAAGCACCAGGAAUAAGAGCCUGGGAUCCCCUCCCCGUGACCUUGCCCAUCUCUCUCUGGUUGCGGGGGGCCAUGGCUGAUGAGCAGGCUGACUUUAACCUGAAGGUCGUGCUGGUCAGCUUCAAGCAAUGCCUGAACGAAAAAGAAGAGGUUCUCAUGGACCCCUAUAUUACUGGCUGGAAAGGACUGGUCAGGUUCCUGAACAACCUCGGCACCAUCUUCUCCUUCAUCUCCAAGGACGUGAUCGCCAAAAUCCAGAUCAUGGAGAGGUUCCGCAGCAGCGACCAGAAGGACCACUACGCCAGCCUUCAGGCCAUGGUGCAGUACGAGAUGGAGAAUAAGCUGGUGGACCUCCAGAAGCGCUCCGAGCACCCCGAGUCCGGCUGCCGCACCAUCCUCCGCCUGCACCGGGCCCUGCACUGGCUGCAGAUGUUCCUGGAGGGGCUCAGGACUAGCCAGGAGGACUGCAAGACCUCGGUGCUCUGCACGGACUCCUACAACACCACCCUGGCCAACUACCACCCCUGGCUCAUCCGCAAGGCCGUCACGGUGGCCUUCUGCACGCUGCCCUCCCGGAACGCCUUCCUGGAGACCAUGAACGUGGGUCCCCCCGAGGAGGCCGUGGAGAUGCUGAACGAAGCCAUGCCCUUCAUCUGCCAGGUCUACCAGAUCACCCAGAAACUCUUCGAGGAGCACACCCUGCUGGACCUUCCCUAGCGGGGGGAGGCGGGCCCAGGCGACCCUCCCGCUCUCAGCAGCCAGUGGAGAAAACCCUCCCAGCGCGUGCCCUCCCCGCUGCUUCAGCCCCGCUCGGAAUCCUCGUUUCCUCUUGCCCGUUUCCGCCGAGCUUGGCCUUGGCCGUCACGGAGCUGAGAAUCGGCCUUUGGAGGAACCGUUGGUGAUCCCUGGAGGUCACUGGCAACCAGAAGGCCCGGUUUGUGUCUGAGGGGGCUGGUUUCAGCUCCUCCCGAUCCACCUACCGCCUGAAGCAUCAGAAAUAAUGAGAGUAAAAUCAUGUAGCCUCUGGGGAAGUCCUGAACUCUGCCCUCACUCUCCUAAUCAAAAGCAGAAGGGAAGAAACUUGGGAUAAUUUAAAAAAUAUUUUCUUUAAUUUUGAAUCACACUACAGUGUCCAGGUGCACACAAGAAGUCCAUAGAAUUAACGUUCGCCUAUUCUGAUUCCCACUUCUUCAUCCCCUGCAAAAAGAUACAUUUUCAUAUCUAAAUAGGGAGGUGGGCGGAAGAGGAGAAGCCUUCUUCUAGUCCAGGGAGCAUCGUCAUAAUUUCUGACUCCUUUGUCUCGUCUCUGAGAUGUUCUUUAGUGGAAUGGAAAGCACAGGGUGAGUUGCAGCUAUGUCAGGGGCAAAAUCCUUUAUUUCCUUUCCAGCCUCUCUUAAGGAAAACUUUAUACGUGUCCAUCUAAUUCAACUAGCAGAGUUUAGCAGCUCCUGCUCACGGGUCUCUAGCAAGGCAAGCCCAACCUGCAGAGGAUUUCCCCCAAAGCACCGGUGUGUCCCUCUGGGGUCUCACCAAAGGCAGUGCUGGCAUCUGAAGCCCUGCCGGGAUUUUGUGGCACCCGGGCCCUGGGUCAGUGCUGAAUUAUGACAGGCCGGCUCAAAUCAGCUGAAGAGGUUGGGUGAGGGGUGCCCUUGAUAUCAGGGCCUGUUCCCACCUACUCUGUCUGAGACCUUGGCCCUCUCCCGAUAAAGAGGAUUCUGCCUCUCAUCCAUGGACAGGAUUCCUGUCCAGCUCUCCUGCAGGGUAUUAUUGAAGUUUUUGAAAUUAUUAUUGAAAUCUUUUGAAAUAUUAUUGCAAUUAUUGAAAUUAAGUAUUGAAAUCCUGGUAGCUGCUGGGAACCUGUGUUAACGUCCAGUUUGCUCCCCAGGCAGAGACUCAGCCUGAGGUGCUGAUUGAGCACUUUCUUUAGAGGGCUCCUCCUUCAGAGCAGCAACAUACCUAUUCCUAAGUGGUGCUCCCUCCUAAGUGGUGCUCCCUGGGACUACCUCCCUCCUGGGAAUCACACCCCCCAAGUGAAGGUCUCCCCGGAAAACCCAUAACGGUUACCUCCAAGCCCAUGUAACGUGCUCCCUCCCCAAGUCAGUUUCUUCUGUAAGAUGUGAGAAAUGGGGAACCCCCCCUUCUGAGAGAGACUUUAAAAUGCUGCUUGCAGGGCCAUGUGCUACUCUAAGCAAACCCCCCAAGUUCCAAGGGCCACGUUUCCCACCCUGGUUUUCAGACAGGACUUCAUCUGGCUUUGGCUUCUGUUACCGUCAGUGUAUGUAGUGAGCCCCCCAAGGAGCGCCGCUCCUCUGUCCGAUGGGCUGGGUAGCCAUCCUUCCUCACCUGGCCUGGCUCUAGGGCCCUCUUCUCACCUAUGCCCAGCUGGGUUCCCCAGCCACUCUCCUUUCCAGUAUCACCCUCCUGAUCCACAAGGUUCUGCCACCAUCUGGGAAGAAAACCCGGGGUGAGGGGCCUCUGUCCCCUGUCCUGCCUCUCGGAGCGUGGCAGCAGCCCUGGGCGGAGAGGAGGGCCGGAAGGUUGGAAGCAGGGGCUGCUGUCUCCCUGUGCCCCAAUCCCUCCCUCCUCAGAAAUGGAAGCGCUCGGCCUCCUUUCAUGAUGGGAGCGAGGGGCCUCUCCUGGCCCCGUCGCCCACGUGGCACCGGGUUUGCUGGUAUGGACGGUAUACCGACAUUGGUCUUCUGACCUGCACUGUAACUGGGGGGAGGGACAGGAAGGGUUACCUCAGUGUCGCCCCCUAAAUUUCCCACUGCCGCCGGCUCCACAUUCCCUGGAAGACGGACUUUCGGCAGUUCUGCCCCUUUGGGUGACGUGUAUGCAGCAGGACCUGUGGCUUCAUUCCUUGUGGGGAAGAAUCAUAAUAGAUGUGAUUAUUUUUGCAUUUAAAAUAAAUCAUACUUGGUGGA